AGUUGCACAAUGAGGUGAGGUUACAGUGAUCGUCCACCGGGUGGCACUGUGGGCCAAAAUGUGAGCAGACACAAGGUCACGCAGCAUCCAGAGAACACAGAGCGACAGGAUGUGACGCACGCACUGUUACACCGUGACGUUUCACACUGAUAAAUAAAUGAGAGGAACAUUAGAGUGCAGUGUGUGAAUGUGAUGAUGUCACAGGGUUUAUGAGCUGCAGGAGGAAAAGCAGGAAGUCUGCGGUCCAUGAUCACGCCGGCGUGAUCAAAUCACGUGACUAGUUUAUGACGUCACUGCACGAAAACGAAACCCCGUAGAGCGCUACCGUCAACUUCUCUGGAAAGUGCGGACUUGAAACUCCAUGACAGUUUUUGUUUUAUGUUGAUACACCAAGUAAAAACGGAAAUAUGAUAGUUUAAAGUUGAAAUAAAAAUAAUGUUUACGCAUGCACAAAGUGUGCACGGUGUGUUGGAGCAGGCGUUGCAUUUAUUUGAAUAUUUUCGUCGUUUUUUGUUAUAUUACGAAACGGAUCAAAAUGUCUGAAUCUGCUGACUCUGCUCUACAGGCUGCACAUUCUUGGGACGUGGGGCCAACUGAGCAGUGUGGCGGAUGAGAGAGGCAUGCGAUAGAGUAGUGAGUGAUAGUUUGAGAGAGUUUUUUGGAAGAUUUGGAGUUGUUUUAGGAUUUAGAGUUUAUUCGUGAGGAGUAGAGGAUGUUGCCAGAAUGGGUUUAGGAAGGGUCGUUCAACAAUGGACUCAGUCAUGAACUUGGAUUUAGAUAUAAAGAGAGCAAUAGCAAACAAAGAAGCAGUUGUAGCAGUGUUCAUUGACAUGAUAUGUUAUGGAGAGAAGGACUAUUAAUCACUUUACAUGAUGUAGGUGUAAGAGGAAGACUUUUUAAUUGGAUUAAGGAUUUUUUAUGCAACAGGACAAUACAGGUCAAAGCUGGUGGUGUGUUAUCUGAAGAGGUGGAAGUGGAGAAUGGCACCCCCCAGGGACGUGUGAUCAGCCCUGUGCUCUUUAACAUUUUAAUCAAUGGCAUAUUUAGUACAGUGAGCAAGGAUCUAGGUUUGUCAUUAUAAGCGAGGAAGGAAUCUCAGUCAUAUCUUCAAUAAAAUGCAAGAAAGCCUGGAUAAAGUGGUUGAUUGGACUAAAAAAUGGGGAUUUAAAAUCUCUAUAGACAAAACAAAGUUCAUGGUGUUUGGAUAUAAAAAGAAAAUGCCAGAUAAAGGUUGAAAGCACUGGAUAUUGUGCAAGCAAAAGCCUUAAGAAUAUGUAGCGGAGCAUUUCGAACUACCCCAGUUUCAGCUUUAUUGGUGGAAAUGGGAGAAAUGCCAUUGGGAAUAAGGAGGGUUAAGCUUGGGCUCAAAUAUUUGAUGAAAACAAAAGGGCACUGCUAGACCAACAUUGGGAAUUUGGGGGGAGGAAAAGAAGAAUUAAAGUUAAUUUUGGAGUCAAGCUAAAAGAUAAUGCAGGAAAAAUAGGCAUUCUGGAGAAGAAAGUAUCUCCCCCAGUCUGCUGGUCAACUGUUCCACCAUGGCUUUUUACAGAACCUGAGAUUGAUAUGAGAUUUUUAAGUAGUAAGAAGAGGGAAAAGGACGAAAACAUCGUUAAUAAAAUUCAAAAGCACUUGCAGCAAAAAUGGAGGUCACAUUCACAGAUAUAUACAGAUGGGUCAAAAGAACCAGAAAGCGGGAGGGUGGCAAUUGGCAUAGCAAUCCCCCAGUUAGAAGCAAGAAAAGGCUAUAGGAUAUCAGAUCACACGUCAGUACACACAGCAGAGAUGGUGGCAGUUUUGAAGGCUCUUCAGUGGGUGGAGGACAAUAAACCAAGUUGUACAGUCAUAUGCAGUGAUUCAGCAGCAACUAUACAGACUAUAAAAGAGGCACGUUCCAAGUCCAGACCUGACUUAAUAACAGGAAUGUGCCUAAUAUUGUGUAGAAUUAACAAAAUGGGGUGUGAGGUGGGGUUCAUCUGGGUACCAGCACAUGUGGGCAUACAGGGAAAUGAGGAAGCAUUGGACAACCAGAAUACUCAUCUGUAGUAAACCAGGCAGCAAAGGAAAUGUGGCAGAACUCAUGGGAUAAGGAAAGCAAAGGCAGGGUAUUUUAUAAUAUACAAAGCAACAUAGGGAAAAGCAAUAAUUGCUUUGGUUGCAGCAGGAGAGACGCUGUAGUUAUCACCAGAAUAAGACUUGGUCACUGUGGUCUUAGGAGUGGGCUGGCCCUGAUUGGGAAGCACCCGGACGGACAAUGUGAGUGUGGAGAGCCAGAGACUGUGACACAUGUUAUUUUACAGUGCAAGAAAUACUUUUCAGAGAACUGGGAGCAGCUGGAGAGACUGUGUUUAACAUGAACACACUGCUGAAUAUGGAAGACUGGAACAAGAUGAAGAAGCUGCUUCAGUAUCUACAUUACAUUGGAAUAUACAACAGAAUAUGAUUAAACACUAGAAGAAAUCGCAUGGAAACAGCAGAGGGCAGCAGUACGCCUUAGAUGCGCCUAGUCUGCCGAAACCAAAGAAGAAGAGGCGGAUGAGAGAGGCAGGCGACAGAGUAGUGAGCGAUAGUUUGAGAGUGUUUUUUGGAGGAUUUGGAGUUGUUUUAGGAUUUAGAGUUUAUUCGUGAGGAGCAGAGGAUGUUGCGGACAUUGAAUGUAAGACAAGCCGUGGACUUGUUUAUCGAAGUGGAGGAGCAGGAGGGCGAAACCUGCGUUUCACCGUCGGAGUCGGAGAGUGAGUGUGACGAUGAAGUUGAGGAUCCGUCCUUUGUGACGGACGACAAGAGAGAUGAUGAGCAGCCUGGGACAUCUACAGCCCCAGCAAGAGGCAGAGGCAGAGGCAGAGGCAGGGGGCGUCAGCGUGGGAGGGAGAAAAGAUGCCGGUCUAGAUCUCCAUGUGACCGGUCACCCCAGCCACACCACAGCCAUGCGGCCUGGAGAACAGAGAGUGAACCUGAUACUGCUCCACGAGUCAGCAGGUUCAUGCCCCACAGACCACCAGGAGCCCAGGUGGACAUGCGCUCGGUAUACACACCGAAAGAUCUGUUUCAGCUGUUCUUCUCCACUGCCACCGUGAGGACACUCUGCAAGAACACCAACAAAUGUGCAGCAAUACAGCAGGAAAUGGGGAAGAAGUACAACUGGGCUGACGUCGAGGUUGACGAGCUCUAUAAAUUCGUUGGCCUUCUCAUGUACAUGGCAUUGGUGUCACUGCCAUGUCUCCAGGACUACUGGAAACAAAACCACAUCCUGUCUGUGCCGUUUCCAGCCAUGGUCAUGACAAGAGACCGGUUCAGGUCCCUGAUGUGGAACAUCCACCCCAGCGAUCCAGAGGAGAAUGUGAUAAAUGACAGAAAGAAGGGAACACCUGACCAUGACAAGCUCUUCAGGGCAAAACCCCUCAUGGAUGAGAUCCGCACUGCGUGCCAGGCUCAUUACCACCCAAGGAAGGAAUUGGCUGUCGACGAGCGAAUGGUGGCAACCAAGGCAAAAACUGGCAUGACCCAGUACAUGAAGGACAAGCCAACAAAAUGGGGGAUCAAGCUCUUUGUGUUGGCUGAGUCAAGCAGUGGCUACACUGUCAACUUCAGUGUGUACAGUGGGAAGUCUAGCUCGGCCAGUGUGCAUGGACUGUCAUAUGAUGCUGUGAUGGACCUCAUUCAGCCGUCAUAUCUUGGGACGGGAUACCAUAUUUAUAUGGACAACUUCUACACCAGUCCCAAGCUGUUCCUCGACUUGGCCAGCAUGAAGUAUGGUGCUUGCGGUACCUACAGGGACAACAGGAAAGGGUGUCCCCGUGGAAGAGGAAAUGCCCUCACCCCAAAGUCUGAGAGAGGUGCUGUGAGGUGGAUCAGGGAGGGCCCCCUGCUGUUUGUGAAGUGGAUGGACGCACGGGAGGUGUCUGUGUGCUCCACAAUCCAUCCAGCAUUUUCUGGUGAGGUGGUCCAGAGGAGAGCAAAGGAUGAAGAUGGACGCUGGGCAGUGAAGGAGAUUCCCUGCCCCACCCCUGUCAUGGCCUACAACAAGUGCAUGGGUGGGGUUGAUCUUUCCGACCAGCUGAUCCAGUAUUACUCCACCCACCGCAAAACUGCUCGCUGGUACCAGACGCUCUUUUUGCACUUUGUGGACAUUGCAGCAACAAAUGCAUACAUCGUGCAUUGUGAGAUGAGCAGGAAACAACAGGUGCAGCCCAUGACUCACAAGAACUUUCUCACCCAGCUGGUGUCCGAGCUGUGUGGAGUGGACAAGACGGGGACUCCAAACAACAGGAGCAGUCAGCAUGUUCCUGUUGCCAUCGCCACUGCCACUGAUGCCAGCCAGAAAGCCACUCAAGGCCGCAGGGCAUGCCAACGCUGCCAGCAGGUGGACAAAAAGAGGAACCUGACGCCAUGGCGAUGCAAGUCCUGUGAUGUGCCCCUCUGUGUCAUUGUUGACAGGAACUGUUUUGAGGAGUGGCACAUGUUAAAAAAACAACAACAAACGCCUUGUUGUAAGUAGUUAUUGUUAUUGUUAUUGUUGUUGUAUAUAGUUCGAUUUUAUCUCAAUUUGACAUUUAUAUGUUACUUUUGCACUAUUUAGGGACCCCUCACAGUCUGUGAAUGUUAUAUAGUUCUCUGUCUAAUCGUGUACAUAAACUGUUUUGAAGAGAGGCAUGGCCAAAAUGAAAAAAAAAACGUCUGUCUUCACCUGGUUUUUGUUGUAAAUAGUUGUAUAUAGCUUCAUUUUAUCUCAGUUAUACUUUUGUAUGUACAUAUUUACAACUUAUGUUGAACCUUUGAAGUUUGUCAUUGAGCAUGUUUGAAUGUUGUCUAGUAAAGAAAUUGAUUUAUUUUUCAAAUCCGAUUUUGUGUUUUUGAGUGUUUUUGGGUCUUGUAUGUUAAUAUAGUAUGUCAGAGUGGAAAAAUAAUUUUCUGGUCAUAUAGCUAAGGUUGUGCUGAAAAAAAAGAUAUCAAACAUUGGCAUGACAAACAUUUUUUUAUGUGGUAUAUAAAGGCAAAAAUCAAAAGUA